AAAAUCAUUGUAAUUACAAAAUUUAUGUAACGGUUCCUAUCUUAUCGAUACAAUCACUUAUAUAAAUAAUGUAUCUUUAGACCAUUCCUCAUACGAUGUAAGAACAUCAUAAAAAUGGGAAACCAUUCUAGUUGGACAUGUAUUUGUGUUCUUUUGUCUUUAAUAUGUCCGUUACAUGUCAGAACAUUUCUUGUGAGUUCAGGUGGACAAGAAUUACCAGAGGAAUGUAAAUAUUUUGGAUCAUUUCAAGAUGCAGUUGAAAGUAUAAAAAGAAUAUUGGAAAAUAAUGAAUACUUACAAUUACAAGUAGCCAGUAACUUUGCAAAAUCGCUUAUAGAUUUACCUUUAGAGACAGAAGAAACAGAGUACAACAGAGCAAUUAUCGGUCCAGCUGCCGUUGAUUUCAAUACUUUAAUAGAGGAUUUAGAGACUAUCCAUAAUUAUAGGCAUGAUACAUGUUUACGGUUGCUUAUAGCAGAAAUGACGGUUUAUGUGAAAAGAUACCAGUAUGAUAUCUGCACGCAGUAUAAAACAGAAAUGUCUGGUUACUUCUCUACAGAUAAUGUAAACUGUCUACCUCCAGCUUCAUGUACACAGUGUACAUCCGGUAAUUGUAUCAAUGCCUCCAUAGCAACGCCGUGUACAAAUGGUGAACGAUUCUGUAUAACGUCUUCUGUACAGUCAAAUACAGAAAGAAAUGUGACAAGGAGAUGUUCAGAUGAACCUGAGUGUAGACUUAAUCAUCUAUUAGUACUAGAUUGUCUCCUUAUUGACACUGGAUCUCAGGGAUUUUCUUAUGACUGCCAUUUUUGUUGUGCUGGAAAUAACUGUAACAAAGGGCCUCAAAUUGUACCCCCAACUAAUACACAUUAUAAUAGAACUUUGUAAUAUCAACA